GUGCCAUCUUGACUUUCCCCCGUCUUCACCUUCUCCCAAACACUUCAGCGUGCCGACUCUGCAUCAGAGACUUGACCAGAAACCGCCAAGAUGACCACCCGACCCUUCUAUACAGACGAUCUACCAGCAGGCCUGCGCACUGCUCAGGUCCUAGGUCUGACGGCAUCUGCUUUCCUAGCUGGAAAGACAUUCAGCGCCAGCUUCAGCGCGGUACCAGCUCUCAUGCGCGCCGAGAGCCCCUCCCUCCUGGCCAAGCAGUGGAAGACCCUCUACGAUUCUGACAAGCUCGUCGCGCCCUUGAUCAGCGUCUUCUCCAGCGGCAUCUUUGCCUUUCUCGCCUACAGAGAUGAAACCUGGACGAAACCUGCUAUCAUGUACACCACAUCUUCCAGCCUGCUCCUCUCUCUGCUUCCGUUCACUUUCCUUCUCGGCGAGCCUAUUAAUAAGAAACUGGAGGAGAAGGCGAGGACGCUCACCAGCGCAGACGUCAGGGAGAAGUCGGUCGGCGAGGACAGUGUCCAUGGCUUGGUGGACAAAUGGGCUACUGUCAAUUUGGCUCGGGCUGUGAUUAGUGCUGUCGGUGCUGUGACUGCGAUUUGGGCUGCGGUGGAGAGGACGGAUAUUGUGCCUGCUACUGUGAGGAUUGGGACUGGAGCCAACAGGAUGGGCAACUGAGGAUUCCAAGUAGGCUAGCCAAUCCAAACGAUGGGGACAGUUUGUUACCAGGUACUUGGCCGUCGCAAGGUAUUCGGACCUGAGAUCAAAUACCCUCAUCAACAAGCCACUGCCGUGACUGUGACAUGCGGUAGAAAUCAGCCUCAUCACAUUCUGUAGCCUGUAUUCAAGGUUUUCGAUG